UCUGAUGAUCAACAAUUAUGGCAUCAAGCGUGGGUUGUGUGGUUAAAUAUUGGACGUUGUUGUACGAAAUGUCCACCCGAAAAGGUGAUUGUUAUUGAUCGUUAUGAUUCAAAUAUACCAUCACAAAUUUUUUUAACCUAUUAUAUUGACAUAUUUCCGAAUAUAAUUCAACACAUAUGGUCAACAGACUUUUUGUACAAUCAAAAAGAUUUUGAACAAUUUUCAUCCAUAAUUGAACGCAUUUUAGCUGUACCAAUACAUUCAGAUAUGGCUUUAUUUUUAAUACCAACUGACGUUAAUUUAACUGUGUUACAAGAAUCAGCAUCCAAAGCAAUGGAUUUUGUCAGAAAAAAUCUUAAAGAAUCAUCAUCUCAUAUAACACAAUCUCCUCUGUUACCAUUAUUAUUUCAACGCUUACUUAUUUUAUCAUCGUAUGGUAUUAAUCCACCAAUAUUCGAUUGCACAGAUGGUAAUAAUAAUAAAAAACCAAUAACAACAAAACAGCAACAAUCUUACGCUCAACAAAAUAAUAAUUUAUUUCUAAAAAGUAGUGGUGGUGAUCAUUCAAACAAUAUUACUUUUAUACCAUUUAGUGAAAAUAUUUUGCGUAUGACAGUUAGAUUAUACGAAGAUGUUGGUACUCAUCCAUCAGUGAUUGAAAGUGGAACAUUGCAAACAAUUAUACAAAUAAAUGACCUUAAUCUCUCUACAUUACAAGUUCCACUCUCAAUGAAACAUAAUUGUCCAAAAUUAGCAAAAACAUUCGAUGAUUUUCUGUUUUCAAAAAGUUUGGCUCCAGCUGAUACUGCCGUAGAUGAAAUUCAGCGCGAUGAACUAAUCGAUUGUCAAGUAAUCGAAUUAAUUCGAGAUGAUAUAUUGCCCUAUGCGAAUGUAUUGCCUGAAACAUUUCUUAUGAAAAUAUUAAAUAUUUUAAAUCGAGGUUCGAUUUAUUCUUAUACGACAGAUAAUUUUAUAGAUAUUGAUUCUACUAGACGUUUACGUGAAGAAUUUUCAAAAGUCUGUUUUGAAACUCUACUAAAAUAUUCAUUUAUAAACGAAGCAUCAUCUUCAUCUUCAUCUUCAACAAAUGAUGGUAUGCUUAUUACAAAACUUGCUCUAAGUUCAAUGCUCAAUGGACUUUAUCCAUGCUUAGUUGAAUGUACAACAUUACCAGCACAACAAAUUUGUAUAGCUGUUAAAGAAACAUUACAUCAUUAUUUUUCAUUACUUGCUCCUCCAUCGUCUAGUCGUUAA